CAAAUUCAAAAUAAAAAGAAACGACAGACGUGAAAGGAGACUCCUUUUUCUUCUGUUUUUCUCCUUUACCAAAAACUAAUAAUUCCUCUUCUCAUUAUCCUUUCUCCCUCUCUCUCUCUCUCUCUCUCAAAUUCUUCUUAAAAGUUAAAAAUCCUAAAAAAAAACCUAUCAAAUUCACAAAAUCAAAUUCUCUGUACCAUAAUAAUUAAUUCAAUUAUUUUUUGAAACUAUCAAAGACAUUUAUUCCUUUCUCUUUGUAUAUUCCUCCAUUUCUCUCAAUUGUUCUCUCAAUUGGGUUUUCUUCGAUCAUCCCCCCCUCGAAACCAAAAAAAAAAGCCCGUUUUUUGAAGUUGAAUCGGUGGCUCUGUGUAUAUUUAUUUAAUUUAAUUUAACUUCUGCCAGUUUAAAAGAAAAAAAAUAUAAAUUUGGAAGUCAUGGACGCGGUUGAGACCUGAAAGAUUUAGUUUUUUUUGGGUUACAUUUAGUUUUUCUUUCCUGCUUGAUUUCUAUUAGGAUUUUUGGAUUCUUCAAAAAAGGAGCAGUCUUGUUUGUUAUGCUGGAAGGAGAAAUUGGAGAAUCGGAGGUUAGCAAGUUGGGUGUUUGUUGCCAUCGUUUUUUUGGCUUUUGUUACUUCUAUUAUGAGGAAGAGUAUUAUUAGCAAUGAUGUUCAACAACAGCAGCAGAAGAAUUUGCAGGGGAGAGUUAAUGGUAAUAAAAAUGGGUUUUUGCCGAGCUCGUUUCGGGCGAUUUCGAGUUAUUUGAGGAUUGUUUCAUCUGGUGCAUCGACGGUUGCCAGGUCUGCCGCAUCGGUUGCUCAGUCUAUUGUGGAUAGGGACGAUGAUGCCAAUCACGACCAGGUUCGCUGGGCUGGGUUUGACAAGUUAGAAGGUGAUGAUGAUGUCAUUCGGCACGUCCUCUUGUUGGGAUAUCAGUCUGGUUUCGAGGUUUGGGAUGUUGAAGAAGCUAAUAAUGUCCGUGACCUUGUUUCCAGACAUGAUGGCCCUGUGUCAUUCUUACAAAUGCUGCCAAAACCAGUAACAUCAGAGGGAUCACAAGACAAGUUUGCAUACAACAGACCUCUUUUAGUGGUUUGUUCUGAUGGGGCACAAGAUGGGCCGGCUACUUCAUGCAACGGGAAUGUCUCUAACAACAAUUAUCCUGUUAAUGGUAGCACUGUGCCAACUGUUGUCCGGUUUUAUUCUCUUAGAUCUCAAUCUUAUGUACAUGUGCUAAAGUUCAGAUCAGCUGUUUAUUCUGUAAGGUGCAGCUCUAGAAUUGUGGCUAUUUCUCAAUCAGCUCAGAUACACUGUUUUAAUGCAACAACAUUAGAGAGGGAAUAUACUAUUCUUACAAACCCUAUGGUCAUGGGGUCUCCUGCUUCUGGGGGUAUAGGCUAUGGGCCUCUUGCAGUUGGUCCCAGGUGGCUGGCUUACAGUGGAAGUCCAGUUGUUGUUUCCAAUUCUGGAUGCAUUAACCCGCAGCAUCUAACAUCUUCUAUGAGUUUUUCUGGUUUCACUUCAAAUGGAAGUUUGGUUGCUCAUUAUGCAAAGGAAUCAAGCAAACAACUUGCCGCUGGAAUUGUGACCCUAGGAGACAUGGGAUAUAAGAAGUUGUCCAGCUAUUGCUCGGAGCUCCUUCCCGAUUCUCAUGGUUCCCUCCAAUCAGGGAAUCCUGGCUGGAAAAGCAAUGGAACUGUUAAUGGCCAUUUUCCUGAUGCAGAUAACAUUGGAAUGGUUGUUGUCAGGGAUAUUGUUAGUAAACUUGUUAUUGCCCAGUUUAGAGCUCACAAGAGUCCAAUCUCAGCAUUGUGCUUUGAUUCUAGUGGGACGCUUUUAGUGACCGCCUCAAUCCAGGGUCAUAACAUUAAUGUUUUCAAAAUAAUGCCUGGACUCCAAGGAAGCUCUUCUACUGGUGCAUCUUAUGUACACCUGUACAGGCUGCAGCGUGGAUUUACAAAUGCAGUUAUACAGGACAUCAGUUUCAGUGAUGACAGCUCCUGGAUUAUGAUAAGUUCAUCAAGGGGGACAAGCCAUUUAUUUGCUAUUAAUCCAUUGGGAGGAACAGUGAACUUUCAAUCUUCUGAAUCUAGUUAUGUCUCAAAACAUAGUGGUUUGGGAGGAAUGAAUAAGCCAACUGUUAGUUGCCCUCCCUGUUUAGGUUUACAAAUGCAUAAUCAACAGAGCCUUUGUGCAACUGGCCGCGCAGUUACACUAUCUGCUGUCAGCAGAAUAAGAAAUGGAAAUAAUGGUUGGAGAGGCACCGUAACUGGUGCAGCAGCGGCUGCUACAGGCAGACUGGGAUCCCUUUCUGGUGCUAUUGCCUCAUCUUUUCACAAAUGCAAAGGAAAUAAUGAUAUGUAUGGGGAUGGGACCUCUUUCAAGUCAAAGUACCAUCUUCUAGUGUUCUCUUCUUCUGGUUCUAUGAUACAGUAUACUUUGAGGAUAUUGGAUGGCAUUGAUUCAACACCAGUCGGGUCUGGACUUAAUGUAAAUUAUGAGUCAGCUGCAGAAAAUGAAGGAAGAUUAGUAGUUGAGGCAAUGCAGAAGUGGAAUAUAUGUCAGAAACAAAAUCGAAGAGAUCGAGAAGAUAAUGUUGAUAUAUAUGGUGACAAUGGGAAUUCUGACAGCAACAAGAUACAUCCUGAAGGCAUAAAGAAAGGAAAUAGCAUUUAUCCUGAAGUUAGAGGUGCAGUCACAAAUACAAAGAUCAGUCCGGAGGAAAAGCAUCAUUUGUAUAUUUCAGAAGCUGAACUGCAAAUGCAUCAAGCUUGUUUCCCAUUAUGGGCAAAACCUGAGAUAUACUUCCAAUCAAUGAUGACAGAGGGAAUAGAUGUGAAUGAUGCAGAUGCAAUGCAAGGGGAAAUUGAGAUUGAAAGAAUUCCAGCUCGCAUGAUUGAAGCAAGGUCAAAAGACUUGGUCCCACUUUUUGACUAUCUCCAAACACCAAAAUUUCCACAUUCAAGGGUUCCGUCCUUAGAUAGCAAUAGUAAUGGGAGUCUGCAGCAUCAAAGUUCCGGGCUGUCUGAAAAUGGCAGGCUUUCUUGCAGGAGCAGCUCUGGCUCCCUUGACUCCAUGGCUGAGAAUGGUGCUGCAGUGGCUGAACUUCGCAAUGGUAUUGAAGAAACUGGGUGGAAUGGUUCUAGGAUGCCUGUAGAAACUAGGGGCUUUGUAGAUAGCAAUGGCAGUCCUAAAACAAAUACUGAGGUUGUAAAUAGUAGAGAGAGCUCUAGAAUGGAGGCUCAACUCAAGUUUGUAAAUAGUAACAACAAAGGCCUGAAAAUUGAGAAUCAUUUCGAAGAUGAAGGUGAUGAAUUUGAUUAGAGGCCUGCAGUUAUUCUUUUAUUCCGUGGAAUGUUCGUUAGCCAUGUUAAUAUUGUGGAUGGAAUUGUAGACAAGAGUGAGGCUUAGGUGGUUUGACUGUGAAGCGGAACUGUGGAUACUAUUAUGUUAUUGGGGUUUCGUACUUCUGUUGACAUUGUAAAUAACAGACGAAUAUUCCCAAUACUCAGUUGUGAUAUGUAAAUAAUAGACUUUUUGUUCUUAA